GCCGUCGAUAUUUUGUGGGAUAGGCAGCGGAAAGUCAGGAUUUCUUGCAUGUUCGUUUUUAUUGAAAUGUAAUCAUUGCUUAAUUUCAAUUGUUUGUGUUAGUCAGCGUCACAUGAGUCGGCUUCCGCAAAUACCUUAUUAUUGUUUGACAUGACUUUAGAAGACCCAUUUUACGUCGUCAAAGAUGAGGUGUUUAGAGCUCUGAAUAAGACCCGCGGGUUAUAUAUCCGUUGGCAAGAGAUAUCAAAGGCACCGGUCGCACCAAACAGCCCUGAAGUCGAGUGGACGUCCACAGAACUAAGAAACGCUCUUCGGAGUAUUGAAUGGGACUUGGAAGACUUAGAAGAUACAAUAAGCAUAGUUGAAAAGAAUUCGUCUAAAUUUAAGAUCGACAAUAAGGAAAUCUGCGACCGAAGGACGUUUAUUGAAGCAACUAAACAAGAAGUAAAGGUAAUGAAAGGCAAGAUGAGCCUAAACAGGAAUCGGGACAACGAUGGCACUGCCAGGGAGCCACUUCUCGGUGAGGAAAGCCCCAUGCACUUCGGCAAUUCCUGGACAGCGACGCCCAAGUACUCCAAAUAUUCCAAGCUCGCUAAUCAGACGGACAGCCCGAGCCGGUUCGACACCUACGACGGCGACAUAAUGUCCAUGCAAGAUAAAAUGUUCAUGGGUCAAAACGAUCAGUUGCACGUCAUCAGCAAUUCGGUGGGAUCGCUGAAGACUGUUUCGAAACAGAUUGGCAUCGAGCUGGACGAACAGGCCGUUAUGCUGGACGACCUCAACACGGAGAUGGAGAACGCUGAUUCGAAACUUGAUUCAACUCUUAAAAAGGUCGCCAGAGUCCUUCACAUGAAUAAUGAUAAACGUCAAUGGAUGGCAAUUGGAAUACUCCUCGGUCUGCUGGUUAUUAUAUUGAUUCUCUUUGUUAUACUUUAAGCGGUUCGGAAUCGAAGUGUAUUGUUGGCCCUUGGUUUUGUUUCUCGUUUCCAUUUAAAUAUUCGUUGUAUAUUAUUAAGAGCUCUUCAAUCGUUUUAAUUGUUAUCAAGAAGGGUGGCGUUUGAAGGGUUACGAUGGAACAUUAUUGUCAUGUCGAUGGUAUGACGAAACAUUUGUACCGUAAUCGAUCCAUUUUAAAUGAAUGUUAGCUUUAAAGUGUCCUAAUCAUAACAUUUUGAGUCGCUAAUUGAUAUAAUUAGUCUCAAGUAGCCCAAAAAGGCUACUCGUUUUUUAUUACUUACUAACAGGUUUAAUUUACAAUACCUCGAUCGUAACCCUGGACUCGCUGGGUGGGUGGGGAGGAACUAUACAAUUCUAAAGUAGUAACAAGAAGUUAUUUUAUUACUAAUAGGUAGGUUAUAUUGUACUGUAGCUAGGUUAGAUGACGUAGAUUACAGUUAUGUCGCUUGAGAAUUUUUACAGCAAGUUUGAUACAAGUUUAAGUUCACACAAGAUGAACUAUAGACAAUACAACUCCGUUAAAAUUUAAAUUAACAAACAUAGAUUCAAAAAAAAAUUAACUGAUUUAUAAAUUGCAAAAUACUUGUAUUAAAAUAAAAGUUUCUCAAGUUUUUCCUGUCGGUGUGAACUCGUCAUUUAUGUAUUCGCGCGCCGUACUUAUCGUCUUCUUAUAUUAGACUCGAUCGAUAAAAUUAAAAAAAAAAUGUACUUCUAUAAAAGAUAACUGUGAAAAAGCUUAAACUUAUUUGAUUAUCAAUUAUAGUGGCUUGCAUUUUGUGUGCACUUUGAAAUACUAUUCACCACGACGAUAAUUAAUUUUGAAGUUUAUCACGCUACUGACCGUAUCGCAUACGGCCCUUCGAGUCACAGUUGUCGCUUAUGUAUGACAUAGUCAUAUUGUAUAAUUAGAAUUAAACAUAGUUUUCAUACGCGAAUUAAUUAUAAGCAUGGGCGCAGCGAGAAAAUGGCCUUCAACACAAGAAUACCUUUGCCUCAAAAGUAGUGCCUAAAGCUUAACAUCGUCAAAGUAAAUAAAAAAAAAACGGAAAUAUAUUUAAACCUAAUUUAAGUAAUUUUAACAUCAACGAUCGUCAUGUCCGUGCCUUUGCACUAUUGUGUAUUUCUCAAAUGAAUUGCUACGCCCAUGUGUAUAAACGUGUUUCUAACAUGAAAAGAUUUUUAAAAAAAUUAUGUAUUUUUGUGAUAAAGCUUAAAGUUGAGGUCGAAACUUAUACUUCGACGACCGCAUGUUCUUUGAUUAACGUACGCGUAACCUUAUAGUUGUAUGAUUGUUGAUAUUAAUAAAUGUACUUGUUAGUCCGUGGUUAUUUUAAGUUGUAUAUUGUUUAAUGUUUUAGUCGAUCGUAAUAGGGUCUCUUCGUGGUGGAAUCGUGUUAUACAUAAUAUAUUAUUGUUGGAAGGUGCACUUUACAAACGUAAAGAGACGAAUUAAGCCUUAUGUUGAUAUUCUUCUGAAAGUCACCAAGCAUUCAGGAACACUAUGUAUGUAUAUAUAUGUUGACAACUUAAGUAUGUUAAGAGAAGUUGUUUGGUGGAGAUGCAGCUUAUGACGCUCACUUGUCUGCGGAACUAUCGAAAUUAACUAUAUGAUAAUUAUUAUUUUUUACUAAUUUAUUAAAAUGAUCGUGACCAUAAAAUCGUGUAAUCGUAACAAUGAAUUACCAAAGUGUCAAAUACAGUUUAGAAGAUAAAGUAAUUAAUGUCUAUUUAUAUUGUAAAAAUGAAACAUUUUUGUAAACACAAUGAAACUGCUUCCUUCUUAGUGCUCAUGUUUUUAUUCCUUGUUUGUUAUGAGGACACUUAUAUUAAAUUAAUUCUAAUUAUUUAUAGACGUAAUAUCAUUUGAAUUAUUUAGGAUCAUAUCGUUAACGGGAUCGGUGACAUACUAACUCAUUUUAGAACUAUUAAAUGGCCAAUCUAGUGUGGCGCACGCCACUUUUUUCGUAUAUUAUUUUCAUAAAUAUCUUAAUAUGUAUUGAAAAGCAAUUAGUAUUAUCCAAAAGAUACUCUCUAAUGCUAUUUAGAGGAAACAUUUGACUGUGAGGCAAUUGAGCGAUAAGAUUUAAAAUAUUUAUGUAUAAAAUUAGAUUUUGUUAAAAUUAUAGAUCACCUUAACACUAUGAUCCUAAACCGAUGGUCAAGAAUUCCAAAUAAAUUAUUUAUAUGAAUUAUUUUAAGUGUAAAUGUUAAGAACAAUAGAUGGAUGUGAUGUAUAUUUAUUUGUGCGUUUCUAUUUGGAAAAUAAAGACAAAUGAAAAGACGGA